AUGGUUUCAAAGGCUGACACGAUGGGCACAUGGGUGAAUGUUUGUGGAAACUGCGGUAUUGCUCUCGUUAUUACAGUCAAUGAGAAUCUUAUUGCAUUUUACCUGAAUCACUGUGCUCUCACAGAGUACGAGGACACAGCAAUUCACAGUAUCGUGGACUGUGACAACCUGGCGGACGGCUCGGAGCGUGACUCCCCUUGGAGCUGUGGGGGUGGCAGCGGUAAUGGCCGCAGACCCCUCACCUCCAUUAUCGAGCACCUACGUACCUCCAAAAGCAGGCUUCACAAUGGGUCGGAGAAGAAUGGUUUCCCCGAGGCUGGUGUCUCCUACGCGUCCUCGAUUGGUGAGGUGUCAGGUGAAAACGUGUCCGCUAAUCCCGGACCACGCGGCGACCGUGGAGAGGCGACUGAUUUAGGCACACAUACCGAAAACAGCGACGGGGCCACCCUGGCCGCCAACACAACGGUCGACGCCAGGGGCGGAAGCCCCCAAGGCGCUCACCUCUCAAGUGCGGCCACCCCCAGACCGCCGCGGGGUAGAAGGCGGCAGAACCAGAAUGGUCUCGACACUACACAAGUCAAAACCGAACGCCUCACGCCAGACAAUAAUUCAACGUCAUCGAGGAGCGUGACGCCCUCUUCGUCGAGCCAUCCGGGGACGCCGCCAAAUGCAACCCCUCUUGGUGGAUCCGAGGGGCCGCCACCACCCCAUCACCUCAAACACAUGGAGCAGAUGAUGGGGCGAAGUUACAGCGAUUUUAUGAAAAGUCUGGCUGCCAAGUACAACAACGCGAACCCCAAUGAUUACUUCAGUACACCAAGAAACGGCUAUCCUCCGGGUUUGGAUCCGAGGUUUCCGGCGUUCAAAACUGCCGCGACGCCGUUCGUCGGUUUAAUGGCCCCUCUUGGCGCGCCCCAACCGCCUCCCGUAACAACCACCUCACCCCUUUCCAGCAAAGAUCCGAAGGAGCAAAAGCAGGACAGUCUGUUCGGUAAUCCUGUGUUCCCGCCGAUGCUCGACAUGUCGUCGACGCAGGCUCUUUUGCACAUGGUCAGGACCGCGAACGCCGCGCAGAACGCGGCCGAAUUGGAAACGUACCUUAAAGGUGCGAACAAAAGAGACGCCGGCGUGACGAGUCCUCUGGAUCUCUCGAGCCCAGGAGGUUUCGCUCCCCGUAAGAGGCAGAGACCGGAAACCAGAAGAUCGGGCAGCGUGUCGCCGAAACCGAAACCAACCCCAAGACCCACCACCCCACCGCCAGUCAGGUGUCCGUCCCUCUGUGGCCACAUGCCCUGCGGCGAUGGGCAAGCCGUCAAUCGGUGGACCAUCGAGGAUGUCGUGAAUUACGUGUCGUCGAUCGACAGUUGCGCCGAGUACGCUCAGAAUUUCCGCGAGCAUCGUAUCGACGGAGCAGCGUUGCCCCUGCUGUCGGAGGACCACCUAACAGGCCCAAUAGGGAUGAAGCUUGGGCCAGCCUUAAAAUUGCGGGCGCUCCUGGCCCGGAAGCUCGGUGCCUGCACCGUGUGCUUGCACUGCGCACAUUGUCACCAGACACCUCUACCUGCCUUGACCGCAGUAGCGGCGGCGUCGCAGCAGCAACAGCAACAGCAACAGCAACAGCUGCCUGGCAGGCGACCCAGCAGUACGGGCAACUGA